AUGAAGCUCCGCAACAGCCUCUCCCCCGGCCAAUUACCUCCUUCUGCAGCGCUAUCUCAGUUGCAGGCAGGCCCUCGCACUAUGAUGCCUCACAUGGAAGGCACCCAAGACUACUUAUUCAAGAUAUUGAAGCCAGGAUUCACAGAGGAUGUCGGAUGGAGGAGAGGCGCUCCGAAUCCUAGCGUAUGCCGCAUCUUCCCUACUCUUCAAAAGGAGAAACACAAAGUGAGAGAAGCAUUAUUCCUGCUCUCAGGCAUUCUUUGGGAUGCCGAUUUUACCGAAAGUCUCCGCGAUCUUAUCCUAGGGGAAGAUAACAUCCUCGAUAGCCCCCGUAACAUGAUUUGUCUUCAACCUGGGUUACACCGAUGGUGGCAUAAUGGCUAUAUAGCCUUCGAGCCGGUAGCCGAACUUAGCAACGGCGUCAGAGUCCGGCUUCGCUGGCUAGGGGUAUCGGGUCUUGUGCCCUCCGACCGCAGGCUGUUGGAUACUGAUCCUAGAGGAUGCUUAACCACUCCUCUAGAGUCAUUCGAUCUCGGAGAAUACGGGGGCGGCUACAUGACCAACAGCCUCUCCCUCGGGUGCGACUGCAAGCACACGAUCCAUUACAUGGAUGCCGACUUCGCCAGUAAAGCUGGCCAGGUCGCAGUCAUCGCUAACGCAAUCUGCAUCCACGAGGAGGAUAACGGGAUCUUCUUCAAGCACACCGACUUCCGCGACGGUUUCGUCACUACCACCAGCGCGCGCAAGCUGAUCAUCUCGCAGAUCUUCACCGCCGCCAGCUACGAGUACUGA